GUGGUAAUUUAUACCUAAAGGGCGUAAUCGUUUUGGUUUAGUUAAGCAUUUAAAGAUGCCCCGAUCGAGCUGUGUUUUGAUGUCAGUACUGCUGAUGAUCACCGAUGGUUUGAUUGUAAAAGGUCCCUCUGGUCCUCUGGUUGCUCCUCUGGGAUCUUCAGUGGUUUUGCCCUGUUCUGUUGAUCAACUUUUAUCAGUGGAGGGUCUGGAGGUGGAAUGGAGAAGAACAGACUCAGACACUUUAGUUCAUCUGUUUCAAGAUGGUGAGAGUCAAACAGGGGUCCAGCAGGAGGAUUAUCAGGAUAGAGCUCAUUUCUUUACUGAGGAGAUUCAACGUGGAAACUUCUCCCUCCGUCUGGACAAUCUGAGAACUGAAGAUGAGGGACAAUACACAUGUACAGUUUACAUUCAGCAAGAGUCUGGUGAGACAGUGGUUGAAAUUAAAGUUAAUGGUAUUGGUGAGUAUUGA